AUGCCUGCGGUUCUAGAAGAUUAUCAAAAGAAUUUCCUCGAUUUGGCUGUGGAAAGUCAAGCUUUGAGAUUUGGGUCUUUCACGCUGAAAUCCGGCAGAAAGUCGCCAUAUUUCUUCAAUCUGGGGUUGUUCAACACUGGCAAACUGCUCUCGAACUUGGCUACCGCGUACGCGAUUGCGAUCAUUCAAUCGGAUUUGAAGUUCGAUGUGAUCUUCGGCCCAGCUUACAAGGGGAUUCCGCUAGCGGCGAUCGUGUGCGUCAAGUUGGCAGAAAUUGGCGGCUCGAAGUUCCAGGAUAUCCAGUAUGCUUUCAACAGGAAGGAGGCCAAGGACCACGGUGAAGGUGGUAACAUCGUUGGUGCUUCCCUUGAAGGCAAGAGGAUCUUGAUCAUCGAUGACGUGAUGACCGCGGGUACGGCGAUCAACGAGGCGUUCCAGAUCAUUGCGCAGGCCAACGGCCAGGUCGUCGGAUCCAUCAUCGCAUUGGACAGGCAGGAGGUGGUCAGUACCGAUGACCGGGAGGGUCUGAGCGCCACGCAGUCGGUUAGCAAAAGAUACGGCAUCCCAGUGCUGAACAUUGUCUCUUUGACUCACAUCAUUAAUUACUUGGAUGGCAGAAUUUCACCUGAAGAGAAGAAGGAGAUCGAGCAGUAUCGCCAAACCUACGGUGUGCUAUGA